AUGGAAUUCACAGGCAGCAACUUUCUGCGGUUUAGACUCGCUUUGAGCAUGAUCAGCGGGAAAGCCAUAACCAUUAAAAAUAUCAGGAAAAGAAAAAAAAAAAAAAAAUCCGGGAGAGAUGACCAAGGUGAUGGAGUUGAGAAGGAAGGCCUGCGGGAGUACGAAGCAAAGUUGCUAAGGCUUAUAGACAAGUUAUGCGACGAUACAACGAUCAAGAUCAAUGAGGAAGGAGAUGAGCUAUAUUUCAAACCAGGAUUUUUAAUGGGGAACGUAAAUGAUGAAGUGAGGAUAAGUGAUUUGGACAAUACUUUCCACUGUGGAAAGGAAAGAAGCAUCACAUACUUCCUUGAGUUCCUCCUUAUGGUAACUCCAUUUUUUAAAAACCCUGUCAAAUUGAUAUUAAAAGGAAUAACCGAUGAUUCUAUUGAUACGACUGUUCAUACGUGUAAAAUUGUAAGCGAACACUUUUUUAAAAAUAUUUUAAAAUUUGACGAUCAUUUUUUGAAUAUUACUAUUGUGAGAAGAGGAAUACAGUCGGACUGUUCAGGGGAAGUUGUCUUCUUUAUGGAUAACCUGAAAACAGUGACACCUUUCGACAUCCAUGAUCCUGGCGUGGUUAAAAAAAUAGCUGGGACAAUUGUUUGCAAUAAAAUAUCUGCUGUAUUUAGAAACAAAUUGAUGAAUUUCGCCAAAAAAAAUUUACUCAGUUUUACUCCAUAUGUCAGCAUACAAGUGGAGGAUCCCAAGGCACGCGCGGGGCGUCCUAAGCAACGGGGGGGGAAGCGACCGGAUAGAUGA